GGAACAGCAUCACUAUUGAGACUAGCACUGGGAGUGACGAGAUAUGCUGUGUCUUUUAUGACCAGCCAAUUUGCCUUACGGCACUAAAGCGUUGUUCUGCGUGGAGAGCUGGAGGCACCUUGUGCGGAAGGUUCUCUGUUUUGCUUCCUGCUUAUAAUGGAGGACAGUAGUUGAGCUGAAUACGACGUAGCUUUUUUUUUAGCUAAAUCCCACCACAGUGUGACCACACAAACUGCGACACACGCGCAUCCCCAUCUUGCACUGCUUUGCAACGACAGACAAACUCCCUUCAUGUCGCGGCCAUCAGGCCUUGGAGUCGAUUCUCAGCUUGCAGAGCUCAUCGAACCCGCUGCCUUCCAAGGCAAAUUUGACAUCAGAGCUUUCAUCGAACAACUAAGUGGGCGGCAAGUAAGGCUUCAGCGGGCUGAUCCCGGGGAUGCUUUCGAGCCCAAGCCGCUUAUACGAGACUUUGAGCAGGCCCUUGCGCAACUCACAGAACUGAAAGAACAGCUGGAUGCGGAGCACUCCAAAUCGCAACAAGCUAUCAAGCAGGCGGAGGUCCAGCAUGCGCGUCGCGUUAAGCAGCUUGAUGCGAGAUUUGCGGCGACAGUCAACAGCUUUCAAUCAUUGGAUGAGAUGAUUGCCGGUGCCGGCCAAAGUACUGUCGAAAUCGGUCGGUCGCUUGAGCUGCUCUCGUCACAACUGGGCAGAGCACAAGCAUCUGCCAGGGUGUUGUCGACGUACCUUGCCCUCCGCGAGAACGAUCGGGCGCUCAAUGAUCUCUCAAGGAAAAAGAUGACUGUCGAGGAAGCCAAGUUCGUCAGGAGUUUGCUGCAAGUGUGCCGCGACGUUGAGCUCAAAGGCAACAAUAACACAACUGAUUCGCUUGAACGCUUCACAGAGACUAUAGAACGAGAUGUUUUGGCUGAGUUCGAUGAAGCAUAUCGGCAAGGCGACCUAGGCGCCAUGUCUCGGUGUGCUACAGUGUUGUACGAAUUCAACGGCGGUGAUAGUGUGCAUCGUGCAUUUGUCAACCAGCACGACUUCUUCUUCCGCCCAGAGGAUGAGUUUGUCGCUCACGGCGACCUGUGGACUGCGCUCGCCGAUCCAGAUGCAGAGCCACCCGGCCUCGAUCCGAGCUUGGUGGUGCUCUUCAGAGAGAUCAAGCGUACCCUCAAGGACGAGUUUCAAAUGAUGCAUCGCAUCUUUCCAAAGGCCGUCACCGUCAAGUCUCUAUUCCUGCAGCGCAUCUUUGCGCAGACCAUCCAAUUGCGCCUCGAGGAAGUCUUAACGUAUGCCGAAAAUACAUCGACGCUUGCUUAUCUGCGGACAUUGCAGAAUACACAUUCUCUUGUGGGUGCUUUGGUCGAUACAGUCAAGAAUAUGCCCUCGAGCGAAACUGAAGAUUCACAAUUGCUCAUCACGGUGCUAGACACAAACGAGGAGGACCUUUUUGUACCUUAUCUGGAGAGCGGCCGUUACGUCGAAAAGGAAAAGAAGUCGCUUUCAGAACUAUACUCAUCCUUACUGUACAAGUUCACCAGAUUCCAUGACGCUCGGAAGAAUCAAAAGUCAACAACCUAUUUCGAUCGCAUGGUAGGCAAGCUCAAUACAAAAGAGGAUGGCGGCCGUGUUGGUGGAUUACUGCGACUUGCUGGCAUAGAGCGCAAGCCAACAGUGAUUCGCAACUCGCGCGAGCCGAGCGACGUGGAGCUUGAUCUCGAUGUUUCUGAUGGUGAGCUGAAGGCUGAUUACGUCCGUCGGAUGCUCAAAUGGCACGCAGAAGCAGUUGGACGAUGUGUUGAAUUGUCUCAAGGCGAAGUGGCCCGUGACGCGCUUGCCUUCUUGGGUGUACUAUUUGACUACUCCUUGCAAUACCUGGAGACUUGGCUGGACAGAGCCCUUGACGAGCUCAUUGCGGCCGACAGUAAGCUCGAGCCCACCUUCGAGUGCUUCAGUGGUAUCCGGCAGAGUUCGAGUAUUGCACGCCUGUUAUUUACAUACGUGGAUACGGUCAUUCUGCCACUCGCUGGGAGCAAUUUGUCCGUGAAGCGCGACAUGACGGUGCGCAUCGGCAACAAUACUAAUCGCAUCAACGGCAAGAUUAAUGCGCUUGUGCAACGGACAGUCGAUGCCACACUUCAAUGGACCAGUAUGCUUCUCAGUAAGCAACAGAAGAGAGACUACAAGGCGCGCGAAGAAGACAUUAACCUGUCCACGUUGCAAACACCAACCAACCAGCAAGUGGUGACUUUUCUGCGAUUCGUUGGCGACAAAGCGGAGGAAUACAUGACUGGUAGCAACAAGGAUUCCUUCCUGCUUGAAGUCGGCGUCGGUGUGCAGCAUCUCUUGCUUGAUCACUACAAACGCUUCGCCGUCAAUGCGACGGGCGGUCUUGUCGCCACCAAAGAUAUCUCACUCUACCAAAGCUGUAUCCAUGGUUGGGGUCUACCAGUGCUAGACCAACGCUUCAGGCUUCUGCAAGAACUGGGCAAUCUGUUUGUCGUGAAACCGGAAAACAUCACACAACUUGCACGGCAAGGGGAAUUGGCCAAGUUGCGGCCAAAUGACAUACAACCCUACUUGGCAUGUCGCGACAAUGGUUCGACUCAAUCGACCUACCCGACCAACGAGCGGACAGCACAUGCGCCAAUGGCUUACUAUGGCAUGUAAUAUGGCGUUAGAUUAGGUUCAUAU